UCUCCCCACAGCACAAUGGGGCUCUGCAGGCCUCCAUUGUGAAGUUGCCCAUGAGGCAGAACCCUGCUGGAGCCUCUGCUGGGGGACAGGGGAUGAUUCUCCACUCUGCCCUGCCCCAUGGUCAGCCAGAUUGGCAACUCGGGCCUGGCUGUCUCGGUGGCAUUGAUUCCCAUUCUCCACAGGCAGAAGAAAACCACCAGCUGGCCAGCGCGCUGCAGUCAGAGCAGCUUGAGAAGAAGGCGCUGGCCAGGAAGCUGCGCGAGCUGCAGGAGAAGCUGUGUGAAAUCACAGCAUUGAUGGCGCUGAAGAGCCAGGAGGCCCAGCACCUGCAGCAGCCGGGGGACCAGCUGCUGUCCCAGGUGUGGCAGCAUGCUGAGUCCUGGCAGCAGUUGGCCAUGGAGAAGGAGGCCCUGUAUAGGCGCGUUCUUCUGCACAGAAACUUGGCAAGACAAGCUAAAGAACAGCAAAAAAUGGUGGCCCUGGACCGAAUCUGCCAGGAGAUGCAGGAGGACCUGAAAGCCUCCAGGCUGCAGGAGGAGCAGGCAGCCCCGCUGAGAGUCCUGGCCCUGGCUGGGGCAGGGGACAUGAAGCAAUGGCCUGUGGAGGCUCCGGGGUCCAACACCACCAUCCCGGAAGACUCAGGCACCUCAGAGGCCUUGGAACACCAGGCUCCGCUGCCCAGAGGCCUGAGGCAGCAGAAUGGGCAAUGCCAGUGCGUGGCCCAUCUGGCGGCCCUGAUCCAGGACACACCUGUGGAGGGGGCUCCCAACCCCAGGAGCAGUGGUAACCGUGUACCCAACCGGGAAGCUGCAGGAGGAGGCAGUGACCAAGGAGAGACGGGGGGAGCAGGAGCAUCACUGUCCGGAGCUCCAUGAGGAACCGGGUGACACUGAGCUCGCUGCCAUCUGCCCCAGAGAGUGGGUGGUAGGGAAAGAAGAGGGGCAUCAGGAGGAGGAGGAGGAAAAAGAACAAGGGGAGGAGGAGGAAGAGAAAC